AUGGUCCGGCGCCUCAUUCGAAAUCUCAUGCUGGUUUGGUCGACGGCGCGGGUCGGCGCCAUCUGCGGCGCAGCUGUCCUCGCGGCCUUCCUCGGCGCCAGCGGCCUCUUCGGCCUCGACCUCGACGUCUUCCACGCGCCGCUCUCCAAGGCAGCGCCGCCAAGCAGCGUGCCACCGGCCAUGCCGCCUGUCUUUGACCGGCUCGUCUUUGUCGUCGUCGACGCACUCCGCGCCGACAUGGUGCUCGGGUCUGCCGCCGUCCAGCACGCCCAUGCGACCGAGGAGCUGCGGUCGUACAUGCCGUACACGGCGCAGCUCGCUUCGUCACCAGAGAGCAUCCCGUACAUUGGCCACGCGGCCGUGCCCACAGUGACCAUGCCGCGACUCAAGGCGCUCACAACAGGCAAGAAGCCGGCCUUUAUCGACGUUUUGCGCAACUUCAACUCGAAAGCGCUCGAGGAAGACAGCCUCCUCGCGCAGCUCGCCGCAGCGGGCCGACGCAUGGUGCUCUACGGCGACGAGACGUGGCUGCAACUGUUUCCGACAGCGUUCCUCCGAUCGGAUCCGACGUCCGGCUUCUUCGCCCUCGACACGGUCGAAGUCGACACGAACGUGACGCGGCAUCUCCACGAGGAGCUCGACCCGACGAUGACGUCGCCCAAAAGCAGCGACUGGGACGCUCUCUUUCUGCACUACCUCGGCGUGGACCACAUUGGGCAUCUCACGGGCCCGCACUCGCCGCUCAUGCGCGCCAAGCUCUCGGAAAUGGAUGCCACCAUCGAGUCGAUCCAUGUGUCGAUUCGAGCCCAGGACGUGGCGCGCAACGGAUCCACGUUGCUCGUGCUACUCUCCGACCACGGCAUGACCGAGACGGGCAACCACGGCGGCGCGUCCAUCGAAGAGUCGUCGGCGCUGCUGCUCUUCGUGCUACCGCCAUCCCAUCGCGCCGUCCACCACUCGGAUCGCUUGACGCGCACGCCACAGGUCGACCUCGUUCCGACGUUGGCGACGCUCCUUGGCGUGCCGAUUCCGGUGCACAACACGGGCAAGGUCCUAACGUCCGUCCUGGACGCGGCGGUUCGUGACGACGCACGCGUCAUCGCCGCGCUCCAGGCCAACGUGCACCAACUGCGCGCAUUAGCCGCACCAAAGCACUCGGCCAAGUUUUGGGCCAGCUUUGCCCACGACUUUGGCUUCGCUCUGGACUGGCACGUCGCAAGCACGAGCAUCCCACUGGCGCUGGCGCGCCGCCGCAUGGAAGCCGCCUUGUCGUCGCUGCAAGCCAUCGUGUUGACGAGCGACGGCAGCGAGUAUACCACGGAGCACAUGCUUUGUGGCAUUCUUGUCGGACUGCUCGGACUCGUGCUGGCUUGCCGCCUGGAUGUGCUGCUACUGCGGCGCCCGUCGCGCUACGAGCUGUGCCUUGGCUUCUGGACGCUGCUCCAGCUCAUUAGCCUCGGCUCGAGCUCGUCGAUCGAGAACGAACACGUGGUGUGGAACGUGCUCUUGGUCUCGUACCUCAUGUGGCUCGCCAUCGAUGUCUUCCUGACAAAGCGUCGCCGCGGCGUCUGGCUCGCGUGGCUGCUCGUGCCUCUCACUGCCCGACUCCUUCGCAGCCGCAACCAAAUCAUCAACUUUGGCCGGCUCAACGGCUUUGACGUCGCGGCGGGUGUCAACCGGGACGGCCUCGAGUACGAGCACGACAAUGCCGUCUCGAUCUUGACGACGCGGUCACUGGUGUACGGUAUCAUUUCGCUGCCGGCCGAGCGUGUCCUUGCUUCCGCCUACGUUCUGCUGGCCGAGCUCGCGCGAUCGACGUCCUCGCCGGUUGCCCUGAAGGCGGCGUGGACCAUCGGGAUGGUCGCGACCGUGGUCUUUUCAAUGACGGCCGUCGACGCAGCAGCCCACACUGUCUAUGCGAGCGUCGUGGUCGAGGCUGGCGCUGCGCUCUGGCAUCGGACGUCGCCCAUGAAGGCCCUCUGGCUCCUCGCCUUUCUUCUGCAGCGGGAUACCAACCUCAUGGCGCUUGCGCUCCUGCAUGUGCAGCUCGAUGCUGCGACCUGCCUCGUGCAGGCACUGGACGUGCUCCGCGCCUUGCCGCUGGUCGUCUACCUCUCGAAAGCGAGCUUCUUCGCCCUCGGCAACUCGCAUCUCAUGACGACGAUCGACAUUUCAAAAGCGUACACGGGCUUGUCGUCGUACUCGCAGGUUCUCGUCGGCGGGCUCACGGCCUAUAUCGUCUUUACGGGCCCGCUCCUCGUGCUGAGCUCGCAGCUCGCGGCCGUGCGCAACGUCCGGAGCCUCAUCGCUGGCUACUGGACGCUCGAGCUCGGCAGCUUCACUGUCUACAGGUACGCGCGGCCUGUGUCCAGGCCUGCGAUCUCCAUUUAUUCCGGCGUGCUCUAG